UUCUUAGUUCUUACAAGUCUGUCAGAUACAACAAAUCUUUCUUCACAGUUUCAGUUUCUUAGCUGCAUUACUUUGUGUUUUUAGUGAAGAAAAGAAGGGAGAAUGUCAAGUACUGAAGGAAAGGUCAUAUGCUGCAGAGCUGCUGUGGCAUGGGAAGCAGGGAAGCCAUUAGUGAUUGAAGAAGUAGAGGUAGCACCUCCUCAGGCCAAUGAAGUUUGUGUCAAGAUUCUUUAUACCUCCUUGUGCCAUACUGAUGUUUACUUCUGGGAAGCCAAGGGACAAAACCCUUUAUUUCCUAGGAUCUACGACCAUGAGGCUGGAGGGAUUGUGGAGUGUGUUGGUGAAGGAGUGACUGAACUCAAGCCGGGGGAUCAUGUGCUGCCGGUGUUCACUGGGGAGUGCAAGGAGUGUGAUCACUGCAAAUCAGAAGAGAGCAACAUGUGUAGCCUCCUCCGGAUAAACACAGACAGGGGAGUGAUGCUUAACGAUGGAGAAUCAAGGUUUUCGAUUAAGGGAAAACCUAUAUACCACUUUGUCGGAACUUUUAGUGAGUACACUGUGGUACAUGUUGGCUGCCUUGCCAAGAUCAACCCCGAAGCUCCUCUAGACAAAGUUUGUAUUCUCAGUUGUGGAAUCUCAACUGGUUUGGGAGCUACUCUUAAUGUUGCAAAACCAAAAAAGGGCUCUUCAGUAGCUGUGUUUGGAUUGGGAGCUGUAGGCCUUGCUGCUGCUGAAGGAGCCAGGAUGGCUGGGGCUUCAAGGAUUAUUGGUGUUGAUUUGAAUUCCAGCAGAUUUGAAGAUGCUAAAAAAUUUGGUAUCACCGAAUUUAAGAACCCAAAAGACCACAAAAAACCAUUUCAAGAGGUGAUUGCUGAGCUGACUGAUGGAGGAGUUGACCGAAGCAUCGAAUGCACUGGAAAUGUUGAAGCCAUGAUAUCUGCAUUUGAAUGUAUCCAUGAUGGUUGGGGUGUUGUUGUUCUUGUGGGAGUGCCACACAAAGAAGCUGUCUUCAAGACUCAUCCAGUGAACUUUCUGAAUGAAAGGACUCUCAAGGGUACCUUCUAUGGCAACUACAAGCCGACAGACAUUCCAUCUGUUGUGGAGAAAUACAUGAACAAGGAACUGGAGCUAGACAAAUUCAUCACCCAUCAAGUCCCAUUUUCUCAAAUCAACAAGGCAUUUGACUACAUGCUUAAGGGGGAAGGUCUUCGUUGCAUUAUUACCAUGGAGGAGUGAAAGUUCUUUGCCUUUGAUGUUAUUUAUGACCAUACAAUUCUUAUUAUCCAUUUCAGUCUUUCAAUUUUCUCAACUUUAUGUAGUUUAAUUUACAUGUAAAUGCAACAAUAUAUGUCCAACUGAUUCUGUUGGACAGCUUCUGU